GGACUAGGACGGAUCGGCAUUAUUCCAAGACCAGAACCGGACUAAGAGCGGAGAUACAUUGGUAAAGACCUGGGUGAGACCGGGACAAGUGGCCCCGAAAGAGAACAAGGAGAGAGCGGCUCUGAGAUUUAGGGACUAAACCGGGGCAGGGGUCACUCUUUUUCUCCCCCGCUCCCGGGGGCCAUGCUGCAGAGUCCGGCCGGCACCGCUCCUCCUGAGCCCAACAGCUCGUCGUCAUCACCGGCGGGCAGCCUGCAGCCAGCGGCCCCGGGCCCGGGCCCCCAGGCAGCAGCCGCUGCCGUGCUGGUGUCCCGGGACAGAGAGGCCCCGCUGCCUGGGCCCCCUUACAGCUGCUCGGAACCCAGCAGCGACGAGGACGAGGAACUGGUGGUGGCCUCGGCCCCGGCCCCGCUUGACAGGCGGGGGGUCAAGAGGCGCCUGUCCGACCUGGAAGCAGCGGCUGCGGCGGGCCUGGCAGGGGUGAGCGGACACGGCCCGGGGCUAGAGCCUGGUCAAGGGAGCUUAGCGCCGGCCGGAGGCUAUGGGGCAGCGUCGGCCCCAGGAGGGACUGCACCAGGAGCCGGAUUAAAACCUGGCAAGAAAACUAGGGGCAGAGUGAAAAUUAAAAUGGAAUUUAUCGAUAACAAACUGAGGAGAUACACGACCUUCAGCAAGAGGAAGACUGGCAUCAUGAAGAAGGCCUAUGAGCUCUCCACACUAACGGGUACCCAAGUGCUCCUCCUGGUAGCUAGUGAGACAGGACACGUGUAUACCUUCGCUACAAGAAAACUGCAGCCUAUGAUCACCAGUGAGACAGGGAAGGCAUUAAUCCAGACGUGUUUAAAUUCCCCUGAUUCCCCACCACGUUCCGAUCCCACUACGGAUCAGAGGAUGAGUGCCACGGGAUUUGAAGAAACUGAUCUGACGUAUCAGGUGUCGGAGACGGACAGCAGCGGGGAAAAUAAGGACAACUUGAAACCGACAACAUUCACAGUGGCCAACGUUCCAGGAUCCACAGGCGUCAAUCAAUCAGUUUCAAACACGUCAACUAAUCUCCAGGUCAGCACGGGUCACAACUUUCCCAUCACCAACUACCUUGCUCCUGUCACCGCCAUCGCCAAUAGCAACGGCACCGUCUUCAAAUCAACCGGUACAGGCACUUCUGGCAGCAUGGUGCAGCUCCCGAGUGGAUUCACUCUCAUGUCAGGUACAGCACUGCAAGGCACACCAACUAUCCCGAUUGGUCAGCUCCAGCAACAUUCCCUGGCCAUCCAGGGUCAACAGGGUCAGGUGGUGACCAGUCAGUCACAGCAAGGACAGCAGACCGUCUUUCGCUUCCCAGCAUCUGCAGGCGGACAAAUAGUCUCCAUUGCAGGUGGUGCAAUGGCCCAACAGGUUCCAGUACAGACGAUUCAGUUACACCAAGCCUCGGGGCAGGUGAGCGUGCACCAGUCUACGCAACACACGCCAUCUACCAGCGACAGCAACUCCGAGAUUUCUCAGGCCUCAACCAGCGGAGCAAUGACACUGCCAGCAACAAUCGUCACGUCGUCUGUACCCACCUCGAUGGCCAGUCACGUGAUGUACCCCAGCCCACAUGGUACGGUCAUGUACACGACCUCCAGUCCCGGCCUGUCUGAUGGCGGACUCACAGUUCUCAACGCCUUUUCUCAGCCUUCUUCGGGUAUGCAGGUGUCUCACGGCCAGAUGCAAGAGCAGGGUGGUGUCCCUCAGGUUGUGCUCACUGCUCCCACAGGAACAGUUCAAAUCCCAUUGUCAGCCGUCCAGCUACACCAGAUGGCAGUCAUUGGGCAGCAGUCAUGCACUGGUAGCCUGACUGAGCUUCAGGUGAGCAGCCUAGAGACGACACACAGCAACAAGCUGGCCCAGAACGAUUAACCCUUCAUAUCCAGGACUGAGAGAAGCAGCAUCUAUUUAAAAAGAGAAACUGAGUGCCAUAUUUAUUUAUUUUUCCCCCCUCACCCUUCACCCCUGUUUUAUUCAGAAAGAAUGGAUGGAACUUUUUCUAAAUCAAUGUGAAAUUACCGAUGGCCUAAGGAUUAUCUUUUACACAAUUCAAAGCGAUUUGCACGCUGUGGACCCAUAUCAAACCAAACUCAGCCAAAAAUUAACACUGUUGUGAGAGUCUUGUAAAGACUUGAAAUCACUCUUCUGCCUGUCCCUUGGAGGAGCAUCGUCAUUUUGUUCUAAAUGCAUCUGGUUUUGUCAUUGCUCCAAUUUUAGCCGUGAUGCUUUAGCUUGGUUUGGGCUGUGCUGGGACAGGGUAGGGGCGCUGAGCAGGGUGUAUGUGGACAGACACGGGAGUCUGCCGACGCUGUAUGCUGGCUUCAACCCUUGGUGACAUCUGUGCUUUGAUCUUGUUUUGGAAGUCGAAGGAUAUCAUGGCAUUAAUUUUCCAUAUCUGUUUCUCCAACAGUUCUCUUGAGAUUAUAUUUGUACUGAAAACAAAAUUGUUGGAGGUGUGUGUAUAUAAAUAUGCAUGUGUAUAUUAUACAUGUGUGUAAUAUGUAGAUACAAUAUAUGCACCCAUAUAUAAUAUAUAUGUAUUGCUCGUAUACGCACACACAAAACGUUUAGUAUUUAGAAAGUUUUUUAAUGAAGUCUAUAUGAACUUGAUCUACGCUGAAUUAAUUGAUUUAUUAGAGUGGCCUUUGGAAGGGGAUCACCAUAAGUGACUUCACUCACGAUUCUGCACUAAGGGAGCAAACAUUUGGUCAAAAGCAUUUCUGCUCCUGAUUGCUGUUCAGUGCCCCCCCACCCCAAGCUCGAAUGUGUACCUAUUGACCAGUGCUACAAUUGGGAUUACGAUUGAUUGUGCAGCCCUCACUGGGUGGGGUCAGGAUUGGGAUAGGCUGUACUGUCUUAACUUGGGUGGGGUCAGGAUUGGCCGUGCUGCCCUCACCGGGUGGG